AUGUCUGUGGAAAAGAUGACAAAAAUAGAAGAGGUGUGCGGUCGGGAGUGGGGGGACAGGAGGGGUGUGCGGUCGGGAGUGGGGGGACAGGAGGAGUGUGCGGUCGGGAGUGGGGGGGGGCAGGAGGGGUGUGCAGGCCAGAGAGGUGUGGGAGGAGUUUCCCUUGAUGUGGUUUCCAGUAAUCGAGGCAAAUCAACGGACCUCCUUUUCUUGCAGAAUUUGCAAAGAGCCGUGGCACUUAAGAAGAUGGUCAACAGGUGGCAGAAUUCACAUACUCACUGUAUGUGGCAGAUGACAUUAAGCCAACGGAGAAACCUGUAUGCUACGCUCAGGAUGCAGGGCGAUAUGGAACAGGAGUUAGCAAUGUCCAACAAGCAGCUGCUGACGGUCCGUCAAGCUGCCUUACACCAACUGUUUGCAAAGGAGCAUCAGCAGUACCAGCAGGAGCUCAGUCAGAUGGGCAAAGCUUUUUAUGAGGAGCGAUUCUGACGCUGCCCAGACACUGCUCUUCGUCAUGCCUGCCAACCCCGCCUCUAGUCUCUACCACGAGCUUCCCAAAACACACCUGGACCUGGGGACCUAAGACGGCCCCUUUUCACCAUCACGUCAACUGUUGUCUCUGAAAACGAGAGCGCCACCUUGUGGUCAGGGUGGGAUAUGCAGUGUUGUAAGAGGAGAGAACGCACAAUGUCUGUCUGGUUUAAAAAAAAUCCUGAUUUGGUUUAACAAAUAAAGAUUUAGAUUUAGACCACAGGGUUUAGUAUCA